AUGCCUCAAAAAACAUCCAAGUCGAGCAAGCCGGAAAAGUCGAGCAAGCCGGGAAAGUCGGACAAGCCGGACAAGUCGAGCAAGUCGAGCAAGUCGAGCAAGCCGGACAAGUCGGACAAGCCGGACAAGUCGAGCAAGCCGGACAAGUCAAGCCGCCACAAGCCUUCAUCGUCCAUACUGGACAUGAUUGCCUCGGCCGCCACCGAUCAAGAAAAAGCGCUCUCAGAGGCGCGCAACAAACGCCGUCGCUUGAAGAAGGUGUUGCAGGAGCCCCUUUUCAGGCUCAACUCUGCAAGAACGCAAAAGAAGCGACGUGAAGCAUACGAAAAGGCCAAGGAAGAUUACCGAACUUUAAAGGCGAAUUUGAAAAAAAAAGGUAUUUCAACUGCCAAACACCACUCUGUACCAAAACGUCUUCUUCCGCCACCAGAGGACGGGAACAAGAGCGAAGAGGUUGACGAGAGCGACGGCGGCACGGACGGAGAGCAUGUUGACGAGAGCGACGGGAGCACGGACGGAGAGGAAGUUGACGAGAACGACAAGAGGGACUAG